AUGGACAAAGCGCCACCGCCAAUAUUUACUUUUACACAUGACGGAACGGGACUAAUGUAUCCCACGUAUAGAUCACGGGUGAGCGUUACAUUACAAUAUGUCAAUGUAACAGUGGUCGGAAGAGGAAUAACCAAAAAGGCGGCUAAACACGAUGCAGCGAGAUUGGCACUUGAGAAGCUAUCAGAUAUGAAGGUGCUUCAGUCAGUUUUGGAAGCUAAAAAAAGAGAGCAGCAAACGUCCUCUAAAACCAAUUAUGCAGCUGUGAGACAAUUACAACAUUUUUGUCGAAAGGAGAUCAUACUGCAACCCAAGUUCAAUUUAGUCGCCGAAAUGGGCCCACUUUACGCAAAAGAAUACGCCAUUGAGUGUUCAGUGGGAGAGGAGUUCAAGGAGACUGCAACGGCGUCUACGAAGAGAGUAGCCAAACGUUUGGCCGCCCACAAGAUGUUAGAGACACUAAGGGAAAUAGAAAGAUCUAUAGAAAGAUCGUAG